AUAUUUAAAAUAGGGAAGCUUCACUAUGCAAAUUUAUAGUUUCAAAAUUUGUUUGAUGCACCUUAAACCUUCAAAUAUGAAGACUGUUGUUUUGUUUGCUGGCUUGUUGUCCGUUGCCUUAGCUAAUGUUAUUAGUCUAAGUCCUGAGCAGACAGAAGAAGCAAGAAAUGCUCUGGAAGAUCCUGAUUUAUUCGGUGGUGACAUGAUUGGAGUUACUUUCGAUGAUGAAAGAAAUGCUAUUGUUGGCAACCAUUAUAGAUGGCCAAAUGCAGUUGUACCUUACGUUAUAGAUGACGUUUUACUUAAAUAUGAAUAUCUGGUGCAGAAGAUAGAAACAGCCAUGAAUGAAUAUCAUAAAAAUACAUGCAUCCGAUUCGUCAAAAGGACAGACGAAGAAGAUUACGUUCGACUAGCUUGGGACCCUGAUAAAAAAUGCAACUCUGCCGUAGGUAGAGUUGUUGGUGAACAGUUGCUACAUUUGGGUAGAGGUUGUUGGCAUGUAGGAACUGUUAUUCACGAAUUGGGGCAUGUUCUUGGAUUCUAUCACGAACAAAACAGAUCAGACAGAGAUGAUCAUUUGAUUAUCUACGAAGAAAACAUAAAAGAUGGUAGUGCAAAGGACUUUAUAAAGCUAAAUCCGGAACAAAAUAUUUUAUAUAAUGAUUUUGACUAUGACUCCAUCAUGAUUUAUGGCAACAAAGCCAUGACCAAGAACGACAAAGACACCAUGGUGGCCAAAAACGGAAAGAUAUUGUUAGAUCCAUUUCGUAAAGAAGAAAUGACCAAAAGUGACAUUGAAAGAUUCAGAAAAAUGUACAACUGUGCUUAGUUUCUUUCAAAAUAUUUUUGAAAUUGUUCAAAUAUGAUGAGUAAUAAACAGAUUAAUGAUGAAUAAUAAAGAAAAUAUUUAUCUUGC